GGAAGGUUUGAAGCCUAGAAUAGGAGGGGCGUCGACAGCAGAAAAAGCAGAAAGUGUAGCACACGGAGCUCAUUUACUGUCAGAGAGUGGCAAGGGAAACUUUUAGCCAGGAUAAAGAAGAAACACAGUAACUGAAUGGCAAAAUGCUUCCUGAAGAAGAAAGGAUCUAGACAGUGGAUCAUAUACUCUGUUACUGUCUAAGAAAAAUGUCGCGGCCAGCAAACCGAAGACCAGAAAACCCCAAAAUUGACUGGCAUUUGCCCGCCAUUUCAUCCUCUGCAUCAGCACAUCACAUGAGCAGAGAGCUUUUUGUGCUCACCUAUGGUGCUUUGGUAGCCCAGCUGUGUAAGGAUUACGAAAAGGAUGAAGAUGUGAACAAAUAUUUAGACCGCAUGGGAUACAGCAUUGGCAUAAGGCUGGUUGAAGACUUUUUGGCUCGCUCUGCUGUGAAGAAGUGCAGGAGUUAUUCAGAAACUGCAGACAUUAUUGCACAGGUUGCUUUUAAGAUGUAUCUCGGUGUUACCGCCACUGUGACUUGCAGCAACGCAAUGGGAAAUGAGUUCUCCCUGAUUCUGGGCAAGAAUCCCUUAGUGGACUUUGUGGAAGAGCUGCCAGCAGGGCGAUCUUCACUUUGCUAUUGCAACCUCCUGUGUGGUGCCAUUAGAGGUGCUCUGGAAAUGUUACACCUAGCUGCUGAAGUCACGUUCAUUCAAGAUGCUUUGAAAGGAGAUGAGGUCACGGAAAUUGGAAUUACAUUCUUAAGGAAGAUUGAAACCAAGAAACACAAAAGAAAUAAGUGAAACCAGUAACUUAAGUAGCUAUGUAUGAAUAGCUAAUAUUUUCACCCUUUGUACCUCCAUAGAUAAAGAAUUUUCCCAACCCAGAAAGGGUGAUCCACACAGGACCAGGCUGUGGAGAGUUCUCCUUCUGGAUCACACCCUGCAUGUUCAAUGAUUUGUUAUAAGGAGCAGGAACUCCACAUCCACCACCCAAAAGGGAUCUGAAUGGUGCUUGCUCCCUGCUAGAUCAGCAGCAGUUGGGUCCAGUUGGCCAAGGGAGUUCCUGCUCCCUCAAGAACACCCCUGCAUGUAUAUGUCAUGUGAUAUGGGGCUCUGUUCCACAUGCUUCAAUCAGCUAAAGUUAAGCAGAUGGAGAAGGUGGAAUAGGGCUUUAUUAGGGGUGGCAUCCUCACUGUAGAACUUCCUGCCUAAGAAAGCUCUUUCUUAAUGUUUAGAAAGCUGGACAAGACAUUUUUGUUUUGAAAGGCCUCUGAAGGUGUUGGCUAACUAGUGAUCUGUCUCUGCUGAUGCUAGGAAUUCUGGGUUCUCCAAUUGCUUAUUUAUUUA